UCGAAAUCUUUAUUCCGUCUUUAAAACAGCAGAAGAAGAACAUAUAGAGGGAAGGAACAUGGCGAUCCAAGUCAAACCAACGCAUUUGGCGUUUGUUCCUCACGCGCUUGCCGUUGUUGCUGCUGUUAUGGUGUUGGUUUGGUGCAUACACUUCAGAGGUGGAUUAGCCUGGGAAUCUUCCAACAAAAACCUCAUCUUCAAUAUCCAUCCUGUACUGAUGUUGAUUGGCUUCAUUAUCAUUGGAGGUCAAGCCAUUAUGAGCUACAAGUCAUUGCCUUUGAGGAAGGAAGUAAAGAAAGUAAUACAUCUUGUGCUUCAUGCAAUUGCACUAACUCUGGGAAUUAUUGGAAUCUACACGGCAUUCAAGAAUCACAACGAGAGUUCAAUUCCCAAUCUCUACAGCUUGCAUUCUUGGCUUGGGAUUGGGAUCAUUUCCCUAUAUGGCAUCCAGUGGAUAUAUGGCCUUCUUGUAUUCUUCUACCCCGGAGGAUCGAUCGGAUUAAGACGCGAAUCGCUUCCUUGGCACGUACUGGUGGGGUUGUUUGUGUUCAUCUUGGCAGUCACCAACGCCACGCUCGGGUUCCUGGAGAAGCUUACGUUCCUUGAGAACUCAGGCCUUGAUAAAUAUGGUGCAGAAGCCUUCCUUGUAAACUUCACUGCUAUUGUCACAAUAUUGUAUGGAGCCUUGGUUAUAUUUACAGUUUCCUCCAAGGCUCCUCCAGAAGAUGAGUUUAGCUAUUCAGCUAUAUGAUUUGGUGUUGUAUUUGAUUUGAUUAUGUGUUUCAAUUUCUGGACAUCAAAAUGUAAUCAAUAAUAUUAAGUGGCAAUUUAUUAUGGUUAAUAUUCUGGUUUGUCA